GUUCUCAGUUCUCCUUACUUGGACGAUACAUCAAAAAACAUGAGGAAUCAACAGUCUGUACAAGGAGAAAUAACUUGUGUUUUUCCAGAGGACCCCGGUCAGCUGGUGAAUAACAAUAAUGGCCUGAAAAGAAAGGGAGCUCCAAACCAGGAUGCAGAAGAUAAAUCAAAGGACUUGAAGAGUAGAGGGUUGUGUUUGGUCCCAGUGUCUUGUACCCAACAUGUUGUAGGCCAAAAUGACUGGGCACCCGCAUACGGCACAGGAUUUUAA